AUGGAGAAGCUGAUUGCUUGUCAACAAAAAAGCCCAAAUGCUCUCUGUAGACUGAUUUGCUUUCCGUGGGCUGGAGGUGGAACUUCUCACCUUGCUCGAUGGAGCAGUCACUUCAGCAACUCAGUUGAAGUGUUCUGUGUAAGGUUUCCUGGAAGAGAAACUCGUUCUAAGGAUCCUUUUGCAAAGGACAUGACAAGCAUGGCUAAAGAAAUUGCAAGUGUUUUGUUAAAAGAAUUGCAAGCAAAACCAUUUGCAUUUUUUGGUCACAGUUUUGGAUCUUACCUGAGUUUUGCAGUCGCACUACAUUUGAAAGAAAAGUAUGGACUAGAGCCGUUCCAUCUUUUUCUGUCAGCGGCACAUGCCCCAACUCCUGAAGGACUUGUUAACUUCAGAAGAAGAUCUGUCAUGGAUGCAGACGAUGAAGAAAUUAUUGCUUAUAUACAGACUUUAGGAGGAACUCCUGCUGAGCUUCUGUGCAGAGAAGACCUUAAGAAAGAUGUAGUGCGUACUGUAAGAGAAGACUUUAGAGUUCUUCAGACAUUUUCUUUUGAGAAGGCAGAAAUUAAUAGCCCCUUCUCAUGUGAUAUUACCUGCUUUAAUGGGUCUGAGGAUACACUGCAUCAUUUACAAGCUUGGCAAGAACUAACAAGUGGAGAGACUUCCUUUUACGAGCUUCCUGGAGGUCACUUUUAUCUGCUCGAACCUUCUAAUGAAAUUUUCUUGAUAAAACAUAUAACAAGAUGCAUAGAAAAUGCUGGUCUAUGA